CACUCAGGCAAAGUGAAGAUAGCAGUCAGCAGAGGUAAAACACUACAAUGUCUUCAACUUCUCUCCACACAGCUUUCUCUUAAUUCCUUCCUGCUUCUUCCAUCUCCUCUCUCUCUCUAUUUCUUAAUAGUUCAUAGGUGAUGGUUACUGGUUAGGGUUUAUAGAAACAAAACUUUUCCUUUCUUACUGUACUAUAACCUAUAUUUUUCUAGGCCUUGAAUGAAUAAAUUUUUAGAAGUAAUAACAUACAACUUGUUUGGUUUCUUUCUUUGUACGUCUUAAUCACAAGUUAUAGCUAGGGUGGAGAAAAAUGGGAAGGGGGAAAAUAGAAAUCAGAAGGAUUGAGGACAAGAACACAAGGCAAGUCACGUUUGCGAAACGUCGAGUAGGGGUUUUGAAGAAGGCUCAUGAGCUCUCUGUGCUUUGUGAUGCUCAAAUUGGACUCAUCAUCUUCUCCAGCACUGGCAAGUUGUUUCAGUACUGCAGUGAAUCAUCCGGCAUGCAGCAGCUCAUAAGAAGGUACCAUGUUUCUAAAGGAACCCAGAUUCCAGAGAGUUCCCAUGAUCCGGUUGAUCAAAUGCAUUUUGAGUUGAUGAAUAUGAGAAAAGAAACCACCAACCUCCAACUGAAACUGCAACGCUACAUGGGUGAUGACUUGCGUUAUGUGCAAUUAUUUGAGGAACUCAUUGAUAUCGAGCAGCAACUUGAGCAUUCAAUUUAUAAGGUUCGAGCUCGAAAGUAUGAGCUUUUACAGCAACAAGUGAACAAUCUUGAGAGGAAGGUCUGUAAAAUUAAAACUGAAUCAUCCCUCCCAAGUUUGAUUAGUACUCCAUUAAUUAAUGUUGUUAAGUACUAAUUACUUAAUUUUAUUUGCUUUUGUCAAUCACAUGU